CCAACAUACACGUGCAUUCGUAUUUUGGGUGAAUUUCUUAUGAAAUAUAAUGGCAAAGGCUACAGAAACGGCCAAUUCGGGUGGGGUAUUAAACAUUCCUAGAGGACGUCCAAAGUCAGGUCGUGUUUGGAAAACCCCUAGGACUGGCAGGUACUCGGAGAUAAUGAAAGUGAAGCCACUGAGAUCUUCAUGGAAAAGAAAAGAAGAAGAGCGAAAGGAAAAGAAAGCCAUGAAAUUAUAUGAGAAAGAGUUACAGGAUGCCAGACAGGAGACACUAGAGAAAAAGAGGAAGCGAGCAGAAGAAAAGAAAAAGAGGAAACUGGAGAAUGAGAAGAAAUCGGAAGUGGUACAAACAAUCAAAGACACAAGGAAGAUCAAGAAGAUGAAAAGAAAGCAGUUGAGAAUGAUACAAAAAAGAUAACCUGAACUUUGCAUUUAUUCUGUACAUGUAAAUAUGGCAUUUUAAUAAAGUAUCUAUUAUUUGUUAGUA